UAUUGGCAAUACUGGUGUUUGGACGAAGAAGUUAGCGCUACUAAAGAAACAAAUUUUGACUGACGCCAUUUACAUUAAAAAUAAUUUAAAUUAAAAAUCGAACAUCAAACUAUAUCGGGCAUAAAUUUAAUAAAAAAAAUUAAUCAACUGCACAUUUCAACUUGUGUUUUUCCAUCAGUUACACUUCGACAGUGUGUUGCAAUCGAACCGAUUUUCAAGUGAAGAAAAUAGUCCAUUUUUUCUGUCCGGUUUCGCGGUUCAUUCGUAUUUAGUAGAUGGUUGAAGUUUUAAAAAAAAUGUGAAAAUAUUUUCAUUUAUUAUUUGGGCCUGUGUUUCGGAGUCUGAAUAUCCUUUUCUUCUAAUUGAAAUGCUUCGAAUUUUGUAAAUAAUUUUUUUUGAAAGCCGGCCCCCUGUGACUUUUUGUUUUUAACCUCCUUGAAAAUUGCGUAAAAUCAGUUGAAAUUCUAAUUGGAUAUUCACAAUGUACAGUGUUUUUAUUAAGUGACUGUGUCUUGCCAUCAUUAAGUCAAAUAUCUAAGUGUUUCCACAAGAUAUUAAAAAACUAACUAGAAGCUACCACAGUGACGGACUUCGUCAAUUCGAAUUUGUCCUCGCGCUUAUACAUAACAUCACCACACAUAAUACACCAUAAUAGAUGGUGUAACAUCAAACGCUUAACCAACAAUUUUUUUAAGAAAAACAAAACGGACAAUUAAUUUUUUCUGGAGGAACUGUGUGAUGUAGUAAUGGCGGGCUCUAUACUCAAGUGGAACAGAGUUUAUAAUCCGACAGGCCCACAACCGAGACCAAGACACGGUCACAGAGCGAUAAAUAUCAAAGAGCUGAUAGUCGUUUUUGGCGGCGGAAAUGAAGGGAUUGUCGAUGAACUUCAUGUAUACAAUACAGCGUUAAAUCAAUGGUGUGUGCCAGCAACGAAAGGCGAAAUUCCUCCAGGAUGUGCUGCAUACGGAUUUGUUGUAGAUGGAACCCGAAUCUUUGUAUUCGGCGGUAUGAUCGAAUACGGUAAAUACUCAAACGAAUUGUAUGAGCUACAAGCGACCAAAUGGGAAUGGCGGAAAUUGCAUCCGCUGCCGCCGGAAGAUGGCAACGAACCGUGUCCACGACUCGGCCAUACCUUUACGAUGAUUGGAGAUAAAAUUUAUUUAUUUGGCGGACUGGCCAACGAAAGCGAUGACCCGAAGAACAACAUUCCGAAGUACUUACAUGAUUUGUAUACAUUGGAAAUACGGGGCGAGCAACAGCAAUGGGAUCUGCCAAUUACGUAUGGUGAGGCACCACCUCCGCGGGAAUCGCAUACAGCCGUUGCGUAUGUGUGUAAAAAGACGAAAACGUCAUAUCUGGUGAUUUAUGGCGGUAUGAGCGGUUGUCGUUUAGGUGAUUUGUGGCUGUUGGAUAUUGAUUCCAAGGUAUGGACACGUCCACAAACCAAUGGCCCGACACCGUUGCCGAGAUCGUUACACAGUUCGACAUUGGUGGGACAUAGAAUGUUUGUGUUCGGUGGAUGGGUUCCAUACACAAUAGACGACGUUAAAGAAGAUACCCAUGAAAAGGAAUGGCAAUGUACAAAUUCUUUAGCUUGUUUAAAUUUGGAAUCGAUGACCUGGGAAGAGAUGACGAUGGAUUUUGCUGACGAAUUUGUGCCACGAGCCAGAGCUGGUCAUUGUGCCAUCGCUAUACAUUCUCGCUUGUAUGUGUGGUCCGGUCGUGAUGGAUAUCGAAAGGCAUGGAACAACCAGGUCAGGGUUUGUUGUAAAGAUCUAUGGUACUUGGAAGUGGACCGACCGGGAGUGUGCGGACGCGUUGCUUUGGUGCGAGCAUCAACGCAAACAUUGGAGCUAUGCUGGGUACACGUACCCUGCUCUACCGUCUAUUUACUUCAAUGCGAAAUCAUGGAUCCGUUGCCAUCACCGGCGGCCAGUACAUCGUUUUCGCCGGGCAAUGUGAAACUGUCUACAUCACUAAUGACAUCUGAGUCUCAAGCAAUUGAACCAAUAACACCGUUACAAACUAAAAUGACCAUACCAGUUCGAGUGAGUGCUGCAAUGACUGCCCUAGCCCCUUCAUCGACGAAUGCCAUUACAUUGGUUGGGGCUCAACAUACCAUGUUAUCGACAAAUGCUUCUAGUACACUAUCGGCUGCGUCAAUUAUAGAUUCUUCUAGCAUGUCACCGGCACCGGUUGUAAUAGCUUCACAGAGUCAACCGUUACCUACUUUAGUACCAACUCCUCAGCAAGUUACAAUGACAAACAAGGCCAUGAAAACAGUGUCUUCGCUCACACCGAGUAGUCAACAGGCAUUGCGUGUUGUGUCCGGGACAACAGGCAAUACUCCAAUCCGAGUUUUAUCCAGCGGUCAAACCGUACGUCUGACAACUUCGCAAACGGGUGCGGGAGCUGCAACGAUAUUGCAACGAGGUCAAACUAGUAUCAUGAGCACAUCAGCUAUAACACAAGUGUCGGGUGGUACGACCACAACAUCGGCAACGAUUGGUGGAAAACAAAUUUUGAUACAGAAGCCAAUCAGCUUGCAGCUAGUUAAAACUAGCCAAGGGAUGACAGUACUUCAAAAAACUGGCACUUCGUUGAGUCAGGCAACUGGAGGUGGCGCACAACUAGUAACAACAAGCGGUGGACAGAAAACUGCAUUGAUCGGUGGUAAUGUUGUCAAAUUGAUGUCACCGGCUGCUGUCAGCGGCAAUAAGAUUGUUAUGAAAAAUUCGAAUCUAAUGCAAGUUGGAAAAAUGACAACAAAUGCUGCCGGGAAACCAGCUUUUGUUAUUACAAACAAACAAGGGCAGCAAAUUCGUACGAAUCAGCAAAUCAUCUUUGUUACAACUGCUGGUGGAUUACGUACUGUUCAAGCUGGAUCGAUUGUCACGUCGGCGGGCAAUAACUUUGUCUCAUUGGUAUCAACAUCGCAAAUCAAUACCUUGACUUCGGCUACAUCUACUGGAUUGAAUUCGGUAUCAAGUCCAGGUGGCACCGUGAAAAUGAUUCGUGCUGGUGUCGGAGGUAAACCGAUUACCUUUACUUUACCUGUUGGUGGACUUCAAGGUGCCAAGACAGCUGGCGGACAGCAACUGAUUUCAAUGCCACAAAAAGGAUUGACAAUUGGCGGUAAGGCCGUAACCGUUCAAUUGGCGCCUGGAACUGGAGGACAGAAAACAGUAACCAUAUUGUCAUCGGCAGCCGCGACUGGCGUCCAAAAAACUCUUACACAGGCUGAUCUACCACCUGGCCAUAAAAUUGUCAUGAUACAGCCGAAACGAAACGAUGGAUCUAAUGUGGUUACACAUAAGACAAUAUCGGAACCGUUGAAUGCGUACAACGCUGACAUGAUGGAUAAUAAUUUGGAUUCCAGUGUUGGCACGGAACAGCAAAUCGAGCAAAUGGACGGCGCUCAUGAUAACGUUGGAAUGACUGAAGCUAAAGAGACUAGUGAAUCCGUCAAUGAACAUGGUUCAAAUUCUGAUGACGAUGAAGAAGUUAUCGGCCAAAUCGAACCGGGUGUUGUCGGGUUGAUGAAGAAGAAGACUGCCACACGGAAAAGUAAAAAAAUUGGUGUGCUGCAGAAACAUCAGCCGAGAUUCGUAAAAAUGGGACUAUUUGGUGGUUCACCAGCGACACCAGCAUCGAACACUACAGCAACAUCAGUUGCAACGACCGGUGGUCAAGGCACGACGUCUAGUGAUAUCGAUCACAGUGAAGAAUCGACAAAUCCAAGUCAAGAUGAAUCUGAAUUCGACGCGGCAAGUCAAGAAUCGCAAAAUGCUCAAUCAAACGAGCAUCAAGAGUUGCCUACAUCAGACGUAAAUGAGCCAAUGACUAGUAGCACCGGUGAGCGAAGCGAAAAUCAAACAAACGAACGUUUCGACAAUGAACCCACUGCGUCCGAAACGGAAGCAGCCAAUAUUCUGACAAUAAUCAAAAGUGGAGAAUUACUUUUAUCCCGAAAUGACGAAACGACACCAACAACAGCAGCAACCACUGGACAAACGAAUGGCGAUGGUAACGUAACGAUUCUGUUUAAUAAUGAACCACAUACAACCAAAGGAAGUAGUGUUAGUGCAUCGCCAGUGUCUUCAACAAAUACAAAAACUAUUCAAAAAUCUGUUGGAUUCACAUCGAAUACUGGACAUUUAGAUGCUCUGGCUUCGGCGGCACUGCAAGCGUCAAAUGAAACUACUGAAAAUGCACCCACAUCCGGCGGUACGACCGAAUUUAAUGCCUCGACACCAACAAAACAACGUGGUGUUAUUCGACAUCGUAGAACAACAAUAGAAUCUCGGGAUGAGAACAAGUCAUCUGCAGAUGCAGGACGUAAGUGGCAUACAGUCGGAAUAUUCAAAGGUCUGACACACACCGUAACUGGUUUUAUUCCUCACGACGAAUGGAACUUGACUAUGUUAGAUGAACCAUUGACAUCGGAUAAUUUACCCGAUCUGUCGAAACUGACAAUGACACCCUUAGAGCCGGGUACGGCAUACCGUUUCCGUUUAGCUGCCAUAAAUAGUUGUGGAGUUGGUGAAUUCGGAGAGUCGUCAUCGUUCAAAACGUGCUUGCCCGGUUUCCCCGGUGCACCAUCAGCAAUCAAAAUCUCUAAGUCACCGGAAGGCGCACACUUAUCAUGGGAACCUCCGCCGAGUACACAGGGCGAAAUAUUAGAAUAUUCGGUAUAUCUGGCUGUCAAAUCACAAACGCCAAAAGAUAAAACGCCUCCAGCCCAACUGGCAUUCGUCCGAGUGUACUGUGGGCCGAAUAAUCAAUGCACUGUACAAAAUUCGUCGCUACAAUCGGCUCAUGUAGACUAUACAUCGAAACCAGCUAUAAUAUUUAGAAUAGCAGCUCGUAAUGACAAGGGCUAUGGACCUGCGACACAAGUUAGGUGGCUUCAAGAUCCACAAGCGGCGAAAAGUACACCAGCAAGUCCAGGUGCAACAGCAAUGCCACCCUCAUCAAUGGCAAUGAAACGUGGCGUGGAAAAAUCUGCACACGCUCCACCCAAACGUACUAAAGCAUCGGCCAGCAAACAAAAAUAUCAAUCGCAAUCAUCCCAAUAAUGGGAGGACCAAUAAAUCGACGCAUGAUUUAACAUAGCUGAUUUCUUUGUAAUGCUUUAAAAACAAAAUUUUAAUUAUUUUUUGUUUUGAUAAUCUUGGCACACCCUGUUUCGAGGGGUGUGGGGAAGAAACAAUUUAAUUUUAAUUGAAUUUUCAUUGACGAUUAUUAUACAUAUUUAGUCACAGGCCGUUCGUGUGACGACGCGUUUUCAAUAUUUUAAUUUUAUUGAAUGAUAAAUUUUGUAAUUUGAAAAAUAGAGAUAUCGUGUCUUGUUAAAAAAAAAAUGAAAAGAAAAAUGAGAGAGAAAUUAGGAUUAAAUUUUGUUAACUACACACCAAUCAAUUUAUUGUUUACCAAUUGUAGGAUUGUAGACCGGCAUGGCCAGUCCUUUUUGUAAAAUACCGAGUAAACAGAGAAUUAUAACGUUAGAAAAAGAUGAAGAAAGAAAUAACCUAUUGAGUGAAUUUGACACUCGGCGUCAUUUUAUAAAUUAAACAAAAAAUGUUCCCUACAUAUGCGAAACCAAAAGAAUAAAUUUUAUCGAAGUCUUUGUACUUUUCUAAUAUCGAAAACCCACACAGAAUUAACAAAUAUAAAACGCUUGAAAUGCCAAGAUGCCAAACUGGCUUAGUAGCGUAUACAGUUACAUUGCAGCGUUUCUGUCAGCACUUUAUUGUCGGAACGAAUCGUUCAAGAGAUUUACUGAGAUUCUGAGACCAAUUCAAUCAAAUAAUAUAAAAUUUGACGAUGUCACAUGGGACAUUAUUUUCGCGGUCAUUGUGUAUUCUUACAAGCUAGAAACGUUGAAAAGCGUACAUUUCAUGUUUCUAGCACUACUUCGACACCCCCAGCAUGUAAAAUCCAUUACAUCACGCGGAAUAAAAAUGAAAAGUCUCGUUUUUGUGUGCUUAUUAAUCUCGGCUACGCCUCGGAUCAACAAAAUGCACAUGAAAACUCGUGCUGAGAAAGACUUUUUGGUCGUCCCAAACAGAGACACAUGUAAUUUUUCAUGCAAAGGGCCGAAAAAAAUCCAAAAUUACACUAAUUUUCGUCCCAGAAGCAUGAAAAUACAAUUAUCAUCUACCAUCGAUCAGAUUUCCUGUACGAGAUCUUGUUGUCAAUUUUCAAUUUAAAUUGAAAACCUAUCCGUUGCCGAUUCAAAUCUGACGCUAAUGAAACAAAGAAAAUUAUCGAAUUUUUGUAGAUGGACGUUAUGUUCCGUUGAGCCAAGACAUAACCGUGUAUGAAGGUAGUGAAUUGUAGAGAAAAAUCAAUUAUACGAAAAGAAGCGCCAGAAGCAAUGUGUAUAAAAUUAAAAGACCAAUACAAAAUGUGACUUUUGAAUAAACUUAAAAAAAAUAAAACAACAGUGAAAAGGGACAUGAAGGUAGUUUAAAGCUAAAAUUUAAUAUUAGAAAUUAAAAAUUAAAUGAAAAAGAAAAACAAAAGAAAAGAAAAAUUAUUAAAUGAAAGCAUAAAUGUAUAGAUUUUGUUUCACUUCUCUUUUUAUUUUAUGUUUUUCUUCUUUAGGUUAGGACAAAUGCGAUUAUUAUUUUUUUCAUUUUGUUUCUUUGUCAAGAUUUUUUCGUUCUAAAAUCCAUUUUAAAAAAAACAUUUUAUUCGGACUUUUUGUGUUAAAUAAAAUAAUUUAAAUUGAAAGGAAUUAUGAAACUAAUCAAUAUCGGGAAUAAGUUAGUGACUAGUGAAUAUUUACAAUAAAAAUACUUAACUAUUUUACAACACACAAACAAACAAACACACACACCCCCAUACACCAAAUUUACGGUUUGAUAACAAGAAAACGAAAUUAUAAAAAAUAUUAAUUCGAGUAAAUUGAAAUAGUUAAUUUUAACUUUUACUAAAAAAGAAAACAAAAACCUAUAAAUAUUAUACUAGCUGAACUCGUUAAUAAACUAAACAAAACAAAACAUCAUCAGUACAGAACGUUAAAUAAAUGAAAAAAGAUGAAGUGGUGCAUUAACAAGAAAAAAAAAGUUUUUAUUUUUGAAGAAGUAUAAUUAUAAAAUUGUAACAAGCAAAAAAUGUCUAGUUGUGCUUGCUCAUAUAAAUAAAAAUUUAAAUUAAAAAAA